AUGUUGUCUAUAGGGCCAAAAAUGGAUGGGGGACCGAAUGUAAAAUACUUUGAGUCCCCCGAAACGCUCACUGCCAUAGAAGUAGUGAAACAGUGGCUACAGAAAAAUGGGAAAAAGUAUGUACAAAAUGAGCAACUGACGAACAAAACCAUAUCUACAACAACUGUUCAACUCAUGCAGUUUCAAGAAGAUUUCUUGGGCAAAAAUGUACAGAAACCACCAUUGACAAGAAUACCAGUUAGACAUUUUAUUGAUUUCAAACCUGGUGGAGGUUUAUGUCACAUUUUACUAGCUGCCUAUAAAUUCAAAAGUGAACAUGGCUGGAGAAGAUUCGAAUUACCAUCUGGCAAGAAUGUGUCCAAGCUUGAAAGAGUCUAUGAAAUGUUCCAAAACAUGGAGAAAGCCCUGAUAAGUGCAAAACUGUACAUCCUGCCCAUAGUAUACAUAAAAUCUGACAUAGAUAAAGCGGUCACACAAAAAAUUAAGGAAAUCAUGCGAAGGAGGAAUGGUCAAGUAGUUGAAACAGAAGACACAGCAACUCAUAUUAUACAUGGCUCUGUAGAUCCUCUGAAAGAAGAAUAUGGUAGACCAGUUAUUAAACGUGACAAAAUGGUAAUGAUGCACUGGUAUUACUUUCCAAAUUCCUUUGAUACUUGGGUAAAUCUUGAAUCUGCUGGAUUAGAUAGUGUUUCAAUUGACAGUAACCCAAGCCCACACUCAGGCCCUUGGAGAGUGACAUACACCUGGAUUUAUGAUACAGAUCAGUACAAUGAAUGGAUGUCUGAAGAAGACUAUGAAGUUGAUGAAAAUGGCAUCAAGAAAGUACAUCCAAGGCUCAUGUCUGUAGAAGAUCUGAUGAACCCAUCUGAAGAUAGAAACAAAAAGAACAAAAAUAAGAGGAAAAGAUCUCCUUCACCUCCUUCUUCAAAAGUUGGCAAAAGAAAAAGUGGUAGGAGUCCUGCAGUAGGAAAGAAAACAAGACCAGAAGAUCCUGAAUCUGAAGACCUUACAAAAGAUAUGGAAGACCCUGUUCCAGAACCAAACAUUGUGGAAGUGAGUCCUGCUGUACAAACCAAUAGCCAACCAGUUAAGAAAGACCAUGAACUUGUACCACUCAAAGGUGGUUCAAUAACAGACCUGGAAGAAAGUGAAGAGAGGGGAGAAGAUUCUCAGACUGGUAAAAAUAGUGAUACAAACACUCAGGAUGAUGGACAGGAAGAUAAUGUUACAGAGCAGACCCAUCAUAUUAUAAUACCUUCAUAUUCAGCUUGGUUUGACUAUAAUUCCAUACAUGAGAUUGAAAAAAGGGCCAUGCCUGAGUUUUUCAAUGGAAGGAAUAAAUCCAAGACACCAGAAAUUUAUUUGGCUUACAGAAAUUUCAUGGUAGACACCUAUCGCUUGAACCCAACAGAAUACAUAACUAGUACAGCUUGCAGACGAAAUUUGGCCGGCGACGUUUGUGCUAUCAUGAGAGUGCAUGCAUUUCUAGAACAGUGGGGCCUUAUAAACUACCAAGUAGACACAGAUUCUAGACCUACUGCAAUGGGUCCUCCUCCCACUUCACAUUUCCAUAUAUUAUCAGAUACACCUUCAGGAUUACAGCCAGUUAAUCCCCCCAAAACACCUCAGCCUAGUGCAGCAAAAACUCUCUUAGAUCUUGACAAAACCCUGGACAUCAAAAAGGCUGAAGGGGCCACAGAGAUAUCCAGUUUUGGACUGAAACUAGAUCAAUAUGCCAAGAAACCUGCAGUUCUUCGCAACAAGAGUGCAGCUUCUUUGACAAGAGAUUGGACAGAGCAAGAAACUCUGCUCCUCCUGGAAGGCUUGGAAAUGUACAAAGAUGACUGGAACAAAGUAUGUGAGCAUGUAGGUUCUCGUACUCAAGAUGAAUGCAUACUACACUUCCUUCGUUUGCCGAUUGAAGAUCCGUACCUGGAAGAUCCAGAGGCUGGGGGUGCUCUUGGACCAUUGGCCUACCAACCAAUACCAUUCAGCAAAGCAGGCAACCCCAUCAUGUCCACUGUAGCAUUCUUGGCUUCAAUUGUGGAUCCAAGGGUGGCUGCAGCUGCUGCCAAAUCAGCCAUGAAUGAGUUCUCUACCAUCAAGGAUGAGGUCCCAGCUUCAGUUAUGGAUGCUCAUCUGAAGAAUGUUGAAGCUUCAAGUGCUGACGGUAAAUUUGACCCAGCAGCUGGGCUAGCUAUGACUGGUAUUGCAGGAACUGUACCAGACAAAGAGGAAGAUGAGAAGAUUAAGAAGGAAGAUGUGAAAGAGGAAGAUAAGCCAGCAGAGGAAAAUAAAAACGGUGAAGGUCAAGAUGAAAAACCUUGUGAGAAGGUAAAAACAGAGACUCCUGAUAGUGACAAGGAGGAGAAGAUGGAUUUAUCAGAGCCAAAAUUGGAGAAAGGUAUCAAGGAUAGUGAGAUGCAGAGUGCAGCUGCAGCCGCCCUAGCUGCGGCAGCUGUCAAAGCCAAGCACUUAGCUGCAGUGGAGGAAAGAAAAAUCAAGUCUCUGGUAGCUUUACUGGUAGAAACACAGAUGAAGAAGCUUGAGAUCAAGCUGAGGCACUUUGAAGAGCUGGAAACAACUAUGGAGCGUGAAAGGGAAGGCCUGGAGUAUCAGAGGCAGCAGCUCAUCACAGAGAGACAGCAGUUCCACCUGGAGCAACUGAAAGCAGCGGAGUUCAGAGCAAGACAGCAAGCCCACCAAAGGCUGCAAGCUGACCAAGGGCAGUGGCCAGCUCAACAAGCACCUGUACCGCAUUCUGCACCAUCUGCUGAUACCGGACCUAGUACUACCCCUACCCCUCCAUCUCCUCAGGCUUCUGCAGUGGCUUCACCACAAGCGCCACCACACCACCACAUUUAA